AAAAGUUCGGUGGCGCAAGCUCCGCCGCCAGUCAGUCACCUUUUACCAGCAGAGAGGGAAGUAUCGUUUUGGGGGUUUUAGGAAAACAAAUCUGAAGACAGCGGCACAGAAUUGAAGCAGUACACCGAGGUCAGCGGGAGACGGUAACUAUCCACUGCAUCUGGAGGAAAGUCAACGUGCAGGGAAACGGUCACGGGUGCGCGGAAGUUUGUGUUUACUGAUGUAGUAGUAGCUAGCUGGUUGGCCCUGUUAGCUUGUUAGCGAGGAAGGUGCGCGCUGCUCAGACUGCUGGACUUCAACAUUUACAACUAGCCCAACUUAACAGCCAAGUUAGACAACUGUCCUGUUUGUGGUUAUAACAUUUAAAAACGGUUUGGCAGAUGUUGCGGCGGCUUGUAGGUUUGGCAAACUCUUGUAACGUCAGUGCGGGCCACGAGCUUUGAAUCUUGUGGGGUCGUGUCACACACAGACAGCACUGACACAUAAAGAGAGAAAACGCAUUUAAAGCCACGAUCUUUAAAGUGAAGAUCACUGCAGUCAAACAUCCAAGCGUCCCUGUCUCUGCUGAUACGGAUGAGGUUUGCAUUGGAGCUGCGACCCGUCCUCCUCUUCGGACCUAGUUCAUCGUCUUCGCCCGUGAUGGGCCCCCUGCUCAGCUAGUACGACGCGUGGAAACAAUCCGCAGCCCUCUAACCAUGGGAGGAUGUGUGGGGAGAUACUGGGAAGGCUGGGAGGACACACAGAGCCGAGGCUCGUCCAGGAACGGUGGACGAGGAGGACGUAACGAGCCUCUGAAGAAAGAGCGUCCCAAGUGGAAGAGCGACUAUCCGAUGACAGAGGGCCAGCUACGGAGCAAGCGGGACGAGUUCUGGGACACGGCGCCGGCCUUCGAGGGCCGUAAGGAGAUCUGGGACGCCUUGAAAGCUGCAGCCGUGGCCUUGGAGUGCAACGACCACGAGCUGGCCCAGGCAAUAGUGGAUGGAGCCAGUAUCACACUGCCACAUGGUACUCUUGCGGAGUGUUACGAUGAACUCGGGAACCGCUACCAGCUGCCCGUCUACUGCCUUGCUCCACCUGUCAACCUCAUCUCAGAGCGCAAUGAUGACGACCCUGGCGAUAGCCCCGAACCUCCUGUAGCACCCAAGAAGGAGUUCCAGCUCAAGGUACGACUUUCCACAGGCACAGACCUGCGCCUCAGCGCCAGCAUGGCUGACACCAUAGGGCUACUAAAAAAGCAGCUGCAGGCCCAGGAGGACAUUGACGCCGCCCACCAGCGCUGGUUCUUCUCCGGGAAGCUGCUCACGGACAAGACGCGACUGCAGGACACUAAAAUCCAGAAGGACUUUGUCAUCCAGGUCAUCGUCAACCCGCAGGCCCUCCGAGGCCCCAAGCUGUCACCCACCAACACUGCCUCAUCGCCUGCAUCUGAAUAACGGAGGACACAGAGGACAGAUGGAGGGAUGGUGCAGUAGGUAGUGAGGUGGUUGGCGGACCCUGAAGGACCAGAGGUGCCUCCGUGUUGCUGGAUAACUUAUACUUUUUAAGAACAGUUAUUGUUAUUGAAAUAAAAUCGUACUGUGGAGGUACAAAACUACUUUGGAGCAAAAACACAAGAAAGAAACUCAAAAGUGCUGCUUUCUGUCAUCUGCCACGUGUCAUUAUAGUUUGGGGUUCUGCCGGGUUGUUCUUUAAGUGAAUCCAGUCACCACACUAACGCUGGAGCUCCUCGUCCCCUUGUCUCUUUGAACCAUCUCGAAUUAAAAGCAGAACUCGUCAUGCUGUUGUGCAGCCAUUUCAACCACAUACAAAACAUGCACAUCACGCUGCACAUUCAGACUCCUCCUCUGCCCUUUUAUCUGCACUAAUGCUAACUAAGUGCCAACGGAUGAACUGCAGAGGUGUUUGUGUUGGUUCUAAAGCACAUUUCCACUAUGAUGCCCGUGGACUCUGCGCUGCAAUCCUUUUCUCCUCCACAGAAACAGGAGGGGAAGGCGGAGAGGGAGAUACUGAACUUCUUUUUUCCUUCUUUGUUUUAUUGAGGAAAUAAUGUAAACAGAGCUUUUUUGCACAUUUGAAGAUUAUAACUAUACUUUUGUGGUAGUUUGUGUGCCUUCUACAAAAUGAAACAAAAAAGGGUUAAUGUCCGAAAAGACGCUAGUGUUACUGCUAGGCAAAGCCUUCUGUAUUUUUUUAGAUUCAGGAACUCUUAGAUCAAUCCAAGCUAUAACUGCUGCCUUUUUUAAUGAUUUCAAGAAUAUUGCAAACAAAACAUUUAAUGUGUGAGUGCUGGCAGGUGUGUGCGUGUGCGUACGUAUGUAUAGGAAUAUGCAUUUGGCCCAUAUGAUACAUUUCAGUACCACGUAGCUCAAAGACAAGACUGUUUCCCCGGUCAUAGCUUUUCAGUCAAUCAUAUCAAAUUGUGCAGGGAAGGCAAAAGUCCCCCACAAAAAAUACGAUCUUAAAAGCUGCAUUAUUGACCACUUAAUGACCGCCAGACCACUAGGGGGCAGCAACACAGCCCUGAUGUAGUCAGUUCAGUUGCUUAGGGCUUGUUGUCCCUUUUCUCACCACAUGAUGAAUGUAAGAUCAGUAUUCAUUCAUCCUCAUCAACUUGAUGUGGUCCUCAAAGGAAAGUAUCUGUCACAUUUGUUCGCUCAGUGUUUGACUUUCUUCACCAGCAUAUAAAUGGCUUGUGUGAGCCUGUUUGCCAGAAAUGCCUGCCGACAUGUUUUGGACAUAGUCUGUGUAAAAAAAAAAAAAGUGGACGUAGCCUCCGGGUCUGAAAAGCAAGCCAGUGUGUAAGUUCCUUAACCCUGCAUUCUUUCUAAUGGCCAGCAGGGGGUGACUCUACUGCUUGCAGAGAGAAGUAUAAUUGUAUAGAAGUCAAUGUGAAAACGACCCUACUUCUAACUUGAUUUAUUACCUCCGUAAACAUCUUCCCUAAGAGUUUAUGGUCUCAAUUAGUAGUUUCGAGUCUUCUUCAAUACAGUACAAUGUUCAUUUUUUAAGUAAUAUUCUCAUUUAAUUAAACAAGGUACACUUACUAUCUUGUGAUUGACGGGUGACUACCAUGGCUCUCUGUCGAUCAAGAGAGGUGUAGCCAUGCGUAUCCAUCAGAUCCACUCUCUUGUCCAAAUAUGAUCAUUUCUGGCUCCAAAAAAAACAAAAACAAAAAAAACCCCAGCUAAAAUGCCAAACUCGGCUUCGAAAUGGUCGUCCACAAACCAAUAGGUGACGUCACGGUUGUUAUUUCCACUACUGUUACACUGUCUAUGUUUUUUUGUUUGGGAUUGGUGAGAACCAUCAGGACUCUAUGUGGAGCGGUGAAUCAAAACAAUGAGCUGAGGGCCUCAAAGAGCGUUAACAUCAAGUGUUGAUUCUCAGUGGAACCGGCAGUGCUAACAACUCACAUAGGAAGUUAUUUAUUUUAGUGUUUUAUUAAGAAAUAUCACAUAAAGGGACAGUCCACAGAUUUAGACAUGAUUUGAUUUGACAUUAAAAGCAGAUGUUGGACGAGUGACGGUCAUCAAUUUCAUAUAAUUUUUCAUUUCACUUAUGUUACCUCUCAGUUGAUAGCAUCCUGUUAGCACCAUACACCUGCAUCAACGUUAGACUUUUUGUUGUGUCUGGAGGGCAAAGGGAGGGACGCUGUUUUAGACAUUUUGUGACUAUCAACUGUUUGCUUGCUUGAGCAGAAACAUUGCUUAAAUGAAAUAAAAGAUAAAUAUGUACCUCUUAAAAGUCAGGUAACACAGUCAGUGUUUGAAAAAGCCAUUUUCUCAGUACUUGCCUUUAACAUGUAUGUACAAGUACAGCCUUAGUGAUUCUGAUUGGUCAUCAUUGUGCAGCAAAAGAUUAUUGUUUUGGAUUGUUCUUCCAGCUUUGUCACUAACCACAGUGGCUGCCGGAGGACAGAAACAAAUCAGCCACAGACAAAAUUGCCUUGAAUCAUAUACUGGCAGCUGAUGGCUGAAGCUCCCAUCAGGCCUGACAGUCUGAUUGGUAAAACACAUUUACACAAGGUGGCUACAUUCACACUGCAGCUCAACUUGCACAGCUGAGAUAUUCCCCCCUCACAUGUGACAUAUCAGAUUUUUGUCUGAGCGCUGUGAACAUCAAAAGCUGCAUUUAGUUUCUUGCUCCCACAGAUCAUAUGGACAUGUAAGAAAUUAUAUCUGGCAGCAUGCAGAUGUUUCUCUGAACUCUGAAUUCACCAUGAGCCUGAGACAUUUAUGAUAUGUUUGACUACACUGCAGCUUCUUUGAGCAGUGUGUUAGAACAUAAAGAAACAUGACGCAACCCAGGAAGCUGAUUGUUUUGCUGUUUCACAUUUCUAGUGUGUCAUUUUAAAGGUCCAGUGUGUAGGAUUGAGGGGCAACUAUUGGCAGAAAUGGUAUAUAAUCUUAUUAACUAUGUUUUCAUGAACUUAUAAUAAUCUGAAACUAGUUAUCAUUCUGUUUUUGUUACCUUGGAAUGUGCGAUUUCUUUCUACAUAAGGAGCGGGUCCUCUUCCACGGAGGCUGCCAUGUUGUUUCUACAGUAGCCCAGAACAGACAAACCAUUUAUGUUUUGACAUUGGCCACCAUAGUUCUCAUACUAAACUACUCAUACUACUCAUAGUUCUAAAUACUAAAUGUCAUUAAAUCCUACACUCAAAACCUUUUAAGUUUUGAAAUAUCAAAGAUUUUAAGGGGUUCACAGAUCCAGAUAGAAAAUUCAAGUGUCCAGGGUUUUGAGUUGCUCAUCUGAACUUCUCUUUAUAGGAUCACAUUAUUAGGGCUGUGGAGCGAUUUUAAAAAAAAAAAAAAAAAAAAAAGAUCUAAUUCAUUACAUGCUCUGUGAUUAAUCUAAAAUUGCAUUACAUCAUUUUUUGCUGUCAGAGUAUUUAAAAAUAUGUCAGUUCAAUUUAAUUCCGACGGAUGUGUUGUGGUAAAGCUGCUGGAUUUUAGACACAAUUGUCUCCCUGUCCUCUACAACCAAAACUGGUUUGCAGUCCAUUGCAAUCCAUUUUGCAAGUUAGUCGGUCACAGGUAGACUUGCCGAGAUUGCGUGUGAACGCCUGGUUGAGUGUGGCUUGACGAGGCUGACGGCUAGCGCUAGCAUCAGAGGCUAUGCUAGCUCAGACCUCCAGGUUCGCUGCUAAAUGCUUUGCUAAGAAGUGAUAUUUCAGGCUUUAAGUACUCCAAUGUUACGAAAAUUCCUUACUGCAGAAAUUGCAGUGGUGCUCCUAUCAACAGUUCCAUCGGGGCGUUUUUUAAAUGUAAGUGUUCAUUCACGGGGCAAGCAACGUUGUCUUGUCUGCCUCCAUCAUGUGACACCGCUACUGUGGCCUUCAGUGACGCACCAGAUCAAAGGGCAUCAUUUUUUCUGUGAUGAAUAAAAUCGAAAUUAACAAGUUAUUUUUGACAGCCCUAAUUAUUAUCACUGGAAGGAAGAAGUUUUCAUUUCACAUCUUUAAUUUAGGUGCCUUGAUUUAUAACAACUUGAGACACUUUACUUUUGGCUUAAUUUUCAAAUCUGCAAAAUGACUGAAUUUGAGAGUUACUUUUUUUUGAAAUAUGGGACGCUUGGAAUUUCUAUCUAUUUGUGAACCUUUAAAAAACCACAAACAACAAAAUUCAAGUUUAUGAAAUUGCAAAACUAACGCAAAUGUUACCCACAAUACAUUUCAAAGAGGGAAAUUCAGCCCACAUGUAUCCUAUCCCAGAGACUAGAGAUGCAAAGAUACAAAAAUCUCGUCUUUGCAUGACUGUCGCUUCCAGGUCAUGUUCAGGUCAGGUUUGGGUUACAUCCCAGAAUAGAUAUUCAGGCACUUCAGGGUUGGGAAUCACGACCUGCUUUGUGAAUGUAUCUUAUAUUGUGCUCGUCAUGGUUGAACGCUCACAGUUAAGUAUUUGCUGUUUCUCCCUCCACACACCAAUCUGUAGCUGGAUGUGCCUUGUUUUCAUUCACCGCUCCUGCCACAAUAUUUUCAAGCAGUUUGAUCAUGGAGGGGAUAAAAUGAAACCAUCAGAGUGAAACCUAAUUGAGCCACAGCUCACCACAUGAAGAAAACAUUUAAUAUUAUAUAAAAAUAUCAUUAUUUUGUGUCUUUUCUGUGCAGUUUCAGCCUUGACACUGAUCACAAUCACUCUGUCUGUUAUUUCCAGGCCUUAUUUUGCUGUUCUUGUACCAAUGGUUCUUCUGGGGGAUAUUUCGUAAUCAUUGUCCGCAAACUUGAAUAAGCAUUUUUCUCUGUAUGUGCAAUACAAUAGACAUAGACCUCAUAUCAUUUUUGUUUUGUUCCUCUAAAUCCACAGAUUUCAUACAGCACCAGCUAUGAGUAUUCAAGAAAUGUCAAUCAACAGGUCCAAGCCUGCUACAAUCUGACGCCUCGUGUCAGAGAAUCAGCUGUUUCCAUGUUUGUCACUUUAAAAUGUAUUCGUCUUCUGAUGGCCUCUCAUCUUUCACAGAGUAAAUAUCUAAAUAUUAAAAAUGCCUACACAA